UUAAUCGAUAACAGAACGCAUCGCUUAUGUUAUCCUGCUCUGAGUAACGUUAUCUGAUGUGAAGCCGCUUUAUCGCGGAACUCUUGAUUAAUGACAUUGGAUCAUCGAUAAACCGUGAUCCUUGGACUACACAGAGGAUUUAAACAGACACCCGUGAUACUGCGCCAUAUUCCAGUAGUUAAGUUAGUUAGCAUCUCUAGCUGCAGCUCUACACUCACGACGCUAACGUUACACGGCUAACUGACCUCAGAGAAAUAACUGCUAACGUUAACCAAAAUGCCGUUUUACUUUCUUUAACCGAUAAACUGGAUUCACCCGGAUGCUUGCUGAACACAAACACGCUGGACUAUUUAAACGGUCAGAUAUUGUUUUGACGCAGAAAUUGUUUUGAGAAGAAGUUAGCCUGGUUAGCUUUGGGCAGGCGCUUGAGUUACUUCACAUACAGCAGCUGUUUAUACAGAAACGUUCGUAUUUCAGCGUAUAAUUCAGUUGUCGUGUAUGUUUGGUUACUAGUGCAGUGUUGUGUCAGUAAGUAGCAGGCCUGAGUCUCACGCGAGCUGUACGAGUGUGUGAUAGAUGAGCGUGAGAUGCAGUGGUGGUGAGGAAGAGCUGGAGGAUGAUGCGGAUGAGCUGGAUGAUCACAGUCAUUAACAGAAGAAUGAUGAAGAUCCUGAUCGCCCUCGCUCUCAUCGCCUACAUCGCCUCUGUCUGGGGAACCUACGCAAAUAUGAGGUCUAUACAGGAACAUGGAGAAAUGAAGGUUGAGCAGAGGAUAGAUGAGUGUCAGCACCUGCCUCAUUUUAACUGGAAACCAUAUAUCACCGGUGGGGCAGGAUUCGUGGGCUCGCACCUCACUGAUAAGCUGAUGAUGGACGGUCAUGAAGUGACAGUGGUGGAUAAUUUCUUCACUGGCCGCAAGCGCAAUGUAGAGCACUGGAUCGGCCAUGAGAACUUCGAGCUGAUCAACCAUGAUGUGGUGGAGCCUCUCUAUAUUGAAGUUGACCAGAUAUAUCAUUUGGCCUCGCCUGCAUCGCCACCCAACUACAUGUAUAACCCUAUCAAGACACUGAAAACUAAUACUAUUGGUACUCUGAACAUGCUAGGAUUGGCCAAGCGAGUCGGAGCUCGUUUGCUCCUCGCCUCCACUUCAGAAGUGUAUGGAGACCCAGAGGUGCACCCCCAGAAUGAGGAAUACUGGGGUCAUGUGAACCCUAUUGGCCCCCGGGCCUGUUAUGAUGAAGGGAAACGUGUUGCUGAGACGAUGUGUUACGCCUACAUGAAACAGGAAGGAGUAGAGGUGAGAGUGGCUCGGAUCUUCAACACCUUCGGGUCUCGCAUGCACAUGAAUGAUGGGAGAGUGGUCAGUAAUUUCAUUCUGCAGGCUUUACAGGGAGAGCCGCUGACGGUUUACGGUUCAGGUUCUCAGACAAGAGCUUUCCAGUAUGUGAGUGAUCUGGUGAAUGGCCUGGUGUCCCUGAUGAACAGUAACAUCAGUAGUCCAGUUAACCUGGGCAAUCCAGAGGAACACACUAUACUAGAGUUUGCACAGCUUAUUAAGAGUCUAGUUGUGAGCCGCAGUCAUAUUCAGUUCCUUCCAGAAGCACAGGAUGAUCCACAGAGAAGACGGCCAGAUAUCCGCAAGGCCAAAAUGCUUCUGGGCUGGGAACCUGUGGUGCCACUGGAAGAAGGCUUGAACAAAACCAUCCAGUACUUCAGCAGAGAGCUGGAGCAUCAAGCCAACAAUCAGUAUAUACCCAAACCCAAAGCUGCACGGAUGAAAAAAGGAAGACCCAGACACAACUGAUGAAUUGUGUUGAUCUCAGGGAUGCUGGGAUACUGAAGGACCUUAGACGUCCAGCAACCAUUUUACAGCGUGGGUCUCCCACCUCCCACUUUCAGAUCCAUCUUUUUGAAAA